AAUCCCUUUGGGUUCACCAAGAAGAUCCUUGGUCAAAAGAGAAGUGGCCAUCUUGCCUGCACUGAAGAGGAGGUCAAUACAUACCUCAAUGCCACCUACAGUGACGAUGCAAGAGAGGAAGAGCUUGGGCCAUGCAGAACCUUGAUAACACCGCCAAUACCCACCUCAGCUUUCAACACGAAGGAGCCAACUUUCAAAGAAGUUGAGGAGGUUGUCAAGGCAGCAAGAUCAAAUUCAGCACCAGGCCCCAGCGGAGUGCCAUAUGUUGUUUACAAGAGAUGCCCCAGACUCUUGAGGCGACUAUGGACAAUCCUCAGGGUCAUCUGGAGAAGGGGGAAGGUGGCACAGCAGUGGAGACACGCAGAGGGGGUCUGGAUUCCAAAGGAGGAGAGCUCAAGUACCAUCGAGCAAUUCAGGAUCAUCUCACUCCUCAGUGUCGAGGGCAAGAUAUUCUUCAGUAUUGUUGCCCGGCGCUUGAUGGAGUUCCUCCUGAGGAACACUUAUAUCGACACCUCUGUGCAGAAGGGAGGAGUCCCGAAGGUCCCAGGAUGCAUCGAGCAUACAGGAGUCGUUACCCAGCUGAUCCGGGAGGCACGAGAAGGCAAAGGAGAUCUGGCAGUCCUUUGGCUUGACCUGGCCAAUGCCUACGGGUCCAUGCCACACAAGCUGGUGGAAACCUCGCUCGACCGACACCACGUUCCAGGCAAGAUCAAAGACCUCAUACUGGACUAUUACAGCUGCUUCAGUCUGAGAGUCACUUCUGGAGCCGUAACAUCUGCAUUUCAUCGGCUGGAGAAAGGCAUUAUCACAGGAUGCACCAUUUCUGUGGUAUUGUUUUCUUUGGCCAUGAAUAUGCUGGUGAAGUCAGCAGAGGUAGAAUGCAGAGGACCACUCACCAACUCUGGUAUGCGUCAGCCUCCCAUCCGAGCAUUUAUGGAUGACCUGACGGUGACUACAACAUCUGUCCCGGGCUGUAGAUGGAUCCUCCAAGGCCUAGAACAUCUCAUCAACUGGGCCCGGAUGAACUUCAAGCCAGCCAAGUCCAGGUCCCUGGUGGUGAAAAAGGGGAAGGUUUCAGAGAAGUUCCGCUUCUCAAUAGGAGACACCCAAAUUCCAUCUGUGGGAGAGAAGCCAGUCAAGAGUCUAGGCAAGAUCUAUGACUGCACCUUGAGGGACACUGCAGCACUCCAAGCAACAACGGAGGAGUUGGGAACCUGGCUGACAGCAGUGGAUAAGUCAGGGUUACCAGGCAAGUUUAAAGCCUGGCUUUACCAGCAUGGUAUCCUGCCUCGACUGCUCUGGCCACUGCUUGUUUACAACGUGCCAAUCACCACCGUCGAGUGCUUCGAGAGGAAGGUCAGCUCUUUCCUGCGGAAGUGGCUGGGCCUACCACGAAGCCUCAGCAGUGUCGCCUUGUACGGGAGGAACAACAAGCUUGAGCUACCCUUCAGCAGUUUGACGGAGGAGUUCAUGGUGACCCGAGCAAGAGAGGUGCUGCUGUAUAGGGACUCCAGGGACAUCAAAGUCUCCUCGGCUGGCAUAGAAGUCAGGACUGGCAGGAAGUGGUGUGCUCAAGAGGCAGUCAACCAGGCUGAGUCCCGCUUGCGGCACAGUGAGCUGGUGGGAACAGUGGCAUCAGGGCGGGCAGGACUGGGAAGCAACCCUAGACCCUCCUACAACAAGGCCAAGGGGAAGGAAAGGCGUCAGCUGAUCCAGGAGGAGGUCCGGGCAGGUGUGGAGGAAGCCCGCUGCAGUAGGAUGGUAGGGAUGCGGCAGCAGGGGGCGUGGACUCGCUGGGAGGAGGCAGCGGCUCGGAAGGUUUCGUGGUCAGAGUUAUGGCGAUCCGAGCCACACCGGAUCAAAUUCCUCAUCCAGUCCGUCUAUGAUGUACUCCCAAGCCCAUCCAACCUCCACCGUUGGGGCUUGGCUGAGAAUCCACUGUGCCCUCUCUGCCAGAAAGCAGGAACACUGGAACAUAUCCUUAGCUGCUGCCCAAGAGCACUGGGAGAGGGACGCUACCGGUGGCGCCAUGACCAAGUGCUACGCGUCAUUGCAGAGGCCAUCAGCACAGGGAUCUCCACCAGCAAACACCAACAACCAGCAAGGCAGGCCAUCGCCUUUGUUAAGGCUGGGGAGAAACCACAGCAGCUAAGGAGACAACCAGGGGGGCUGCUGGCAACAGCCAGGGACUGGCAGUUGAAGGUUGACCUAGGGAGACAGCUCAAAUUUCCAGAGAACAUCGCAGUGACCACACUCAGGCCAGACAUGGUCCUGGUGUCGGAAACAACAAGGCAAGUGGUCCUGCUGGAGUUGACUGUCCCCUGGGAAGACAGGAUGGAGGAGGCUUUUGAGAGGAAGAGGGCCAAGUAUGAGGAGCUGGCAAGUGAAUGCCGAAGCAGGGGAUGGAAGACCCGAUGCAACCCCAUCGAGGUCGGGUGCAGAGGUUUUGCUGGCCAGUCUCUCAUCAGGGCGCUGAAGAUGCUGGGACUGAGAGGACUGCAGAACAGAAAAGCCAUCAGAAACAUCAGUGACGCAGCGGAGAAGGCGUCCAGAUGGCUGUGGAUCAAGCGGGGCGAUCCGUGGACAAAUAAAUGCUCUUAAGACACAAGCCGGGGCUUGAUCACCCCCGGUUGGGUCCCCUGGUGAGGGUGUAUGUUGUGAGACC